GAAACAACGAGAGAAGAGCUUUUCCACGCUCUGUGAUUAUUUAGUCGUGCAGUCUCCGUACGCCACCUCGCAGAAAUGGAGUUCCCCACUUUUCCCCCGGGUGACAUGUACGUGUCGUUACCUCCUUUAAACGCCACCUUCGCCGAUGCGCUCCUGGUGGGGCCCAACGGAACCAACGCCUCGGUGGGUCGGGAGUCUCGGGACACGGCGAGGGUCGUCAUCGCGGUGUGCAUCACCGCCCUCUACUCGCUCAUCUGCGUGGUGGGACUACUGGGGAACGUCCUCGUCAUGUACGGCGUGGUCAGGUACACCAAGAUGAAAACGGCCACCAACAUCUACAUCUUCAACCUGGCUCUAGCAGACGCCCUUGCCACCAGCACCUUACCCUUCCAGAGCGCCAAUUACCUCAUGAGCAUGUGGCCUUUCGGGCAGCUGCUGUGUAAAGUGGUCAUCGCCAUCGAUUACUACAACAUGUUCACCAGCAUCUUCACGCUCACCAUGAUGAGCGUGGACCGCUACGUGGCCGUGUGUCACCCCGUGAGGGCCCUGGACUUCCGCACGCCAGCCAAGGCCAAGAUCAUCAACAUCUGCAUCUGGAUCCUCUCCUCCGUUGUUGCCGUCCCUGUGAUGGUCAUGGCUGUUACCAAGGUGACAGACAAAGGCAAUGUGGAUUGCAGAAUCAUAUUUCCCAAACCGGAGUGGUACUGGGACACCAUGACAAAAAUCUGCGUGUUCAUCUUCGCCUUUCUGGUGCCCGUCUUGGUCAUCACCAUCUGCUACGGUCUGAUGAUCCUGCGCCUCAAGAGCGUCCGUCUCCUCUCCGGAUCCAAAGAGAAGGAUAGGAAUCUGAGACGGAUCACCCGGAUGGUCCUGGUGGUUGUGGCGGCUUUUAUCAUCUGCUGGACUCCCAUACAUAUCUUCAUCAUCGUGAGGACCAUGGUGAAAAUUGACAACAAGAAUCUCCUGGUGAUGGCGAGCUGGCAUCUGUGCAUCGCUCUCGGCUACACCAACAGCAGCCUCAACCCGGUUCUGUACGCCUUCCUGGAUGAGAACUUCAAGAGAUGCUUCAGGGAUUUCUGCCUGCCCUACCGCACCGGCAAGGAGCAGAACAGCUUCUCCAGGGGUCGCAACAGCACCAGGGAGCCUGUGUCCGUUUGUGCCCCCACUGCCACGGACAGACCGCCCGCAUGACUAGGCGUGGAUCGCUUGGGGAUCCAAGAGGACCUCCAAACGGAAGUCACGCAGUUCUCCACCACAGGAGUGUAAGCGUACAUGUUGGCAUUUGUAGAUAGUAGAGAGACGUGUCUUGCAGAGUUGUGAAAAAUGCCAAUGUGUGCCUGUAGAUCCUUAAAUAAUGGAUACACGGUAAAUGUACAUACGUAUAGAAAAGUGACAAAUUCAACGUAGCUGCUCUUACAACAGUCGAGCAUGAAAGACUCUUAGAAAUCAAAAGGUACCAUAUAUACACACAUCAAAAUUAGCUUAUAUACUCUACUUUCAAGCUAGAUAUUCACCAGUGUGUGACACUUAAUAGCACUGGAGCCUAGCAUGUUAGCUUUAAGCUAGCUUACUUUCAGUAACAGGUAAAACAAAUCAUUAUUUAACAUCAUAACUUAUGUUACUACUUCGCUACCGAAGACAUCAGCAGUGAUAAAGUAAUUAAUAUUGUGAAAACUACUGGAAUAUUCACUAAAAUCCUGUGAACGGUAAAUAAACAAUAUUGCUACUUCAUUUUGUGUUUUGACAAAAUGCAAAAUGCUAAAUAAUUGAUAGCUAACGCUAUCAAUUAUUUAUGGGGUACCAUUCAACAAUGUAUUAAAUAUCACAAACAGAGUUUAAGAGAUUCGGCAUAAAAAUUAACAACUGAAAUAAACAUUUAGCUAGCUAGCUAGCUCGCAGGUAUAUUUUCCCACAGUUUCUACAACCGGCAGAUUUUUUUACGCCACCAAAACAAAUGUGAAAACACACCUAGAAGAUUAUGAGACAAGCUAAAAAAAAGACAUUCUCACCUGAACCAUUGUUCUGUCGGAAAAAUAAGAAGCUUCUGGUUACACAUAUUGGGUCGUUGCUUUCAAUUGUCACCUAUCUGUACAUUGUUACACCUCACCAGUGCAUUCUGCCUAGCAACAACUGUCAACAGUGAACUCUACAUCACUGAAAACAGCUGAAGAGACUU